GGUGGUGCGGACACCGGCAGAGGGAGCGGGGCUGCAGCCCGAGCCCGGCGGAGGGAUGGGGCAGCGGCGGGGCCCGGCCGUGCUCCUCCUCGCCCUGGGGCACCUGGCCGGGCUGCUGGCAGCCGGACCCGCCUGCGCCGGCGCUUACCGGGGCCUCUCGGACUGCGUCCUCAAGCUGGGGGACAGCAUGGCAGCGUACGAGGAGGAGGAGGGCAUCGAGCUGCAGGGGCUGCACCGAGUCUGCCGGUAUUGGGAUGAAUUCCACACCUGUGCCCUGACAGUGCUCUGGGAGUGCCAGAAGGAAGCAGCAGCUGUCUGGGAGAUGCUGAGAAGGGAGUCCCGAAAAACCAAAUUUCAAGGCAGCUUGUUCGACCUCUGCAGCCCCAGCAUGGCCCAAAGCUUUGCCUGGACCCAUGUUCCCAACAUUUCCAUCCUCAGCAUCCCCCUCAUCGUCACUUGGCUGAACUUAUAAACUGCAGCUCUCUGAGUAUCCCAACAAAAGUGGUGGCAGUGUGUGGUGUGGCAUCUUUCAGAUCUGUUUUCCAAACCUUUGAGGAAUACACUGUGUGGAGCUCAGAAACUCCUAGCUCUAUUCUGCACCUGUGAGACAUGGAAGAGCUUGGCAGCAUCUCCAGGGUGUUGACAUUUCUCUGUAAUUUGCAAUAACUCCUGUCCUCUUCUGCCUCAAGGCACAGGCACAGAUCUGGCUGUUGGGAGACUUGGGAACUUGUAAAUACAGGGCACAGGAUUUGGGGAGAAAUGAUAAAUUCUAGAAAAAGGAUGAAUGCUGGACACUUCUGCACUCUUCUAUGGCAACUGGAAGGAAACCUGUUUACUUUGCUGACUCUCUCUACCAGAUCAACUCCCCAGGGUUUUAAUUUGGGCACUCAAAACAAAAUGGGUAUUUUUCCCACUGCUUCAUGAGGUGCAGGGGAUGGUGCCUGUCCUGUCACAGGCUGAAAGGAGACCUUACUGCCCUGUACUGGCCUUUUUUCUUUGAGGAUAUGUUAAAACCCCUGCUGAACAAUAAUCACAGUUGCAUGACUUCUCUUGCACACAUCUGAAUUCCUGAGUAACUUCUGUGUUAUGUGUAAAUCCCUUUUCUAAGGACAGAGGUGAAAAACAUCUGGAGGGAGGAGUAUCAAGCAAGGAGGACAAAAGGGAUUUAUAGCAACUCUUCUGCUUUAAUGCUUUCCCCAAGGUACCUGUAAGCAGCUGUGGAUAGAAGUGUGUAAUUCCAGAGAAUUAAAGUUUGUUGUAGAGCCAACAGCAUGGCAGAAGUUAUUUGUCCUGGCUCUUGCUCAAAAGCACAGUCUCCUCUUGUCUCCUUUAUGGCUCAGAGUGUUGUCAGUUUUGCAGCUUCAGUACAAGCAUGGAAGUAUUUGGAACUGAGAGGUGUUUGCAAGUGAUUUCUGAGUAUGUAGGAGAAACACAACAAUAUUCUGGAUUAGCCCAAGGCAGUCUAUGUUUUCAGGAUGUUGAUGGAUCUCUAUGCCCUGCCUGGCUGUACAGGGUCAUGGGAUGUGUGCUGACAGUGUGAGCAGGGAAACCAGGGCCCUGCUAACUCCCAAAGAUCCUUCCAGAUGCAUUCCAGGCAAGCUUCUAGAGCAAAGGAUCUUUUUCCUAACAGUGGUGUUGGGUCACGCUGCCUUCCCCUGGCACUCACGUGUUUCUCCUCUUACACUCGCUAUCAACACUCUGCCCCUGCAGCAGCAGCAGGAGAUAAUGAAGAAAUUGGCGCAAAUUCCAAGAAAUAAACCAGGGCAGAGCAGCUGGUGUUCAGACAGCCCUUCUGUGCUCGAGUUGUUACUUAUAUAUUCAGUACUCAGCAUCUGGGGCACAAAGCCUUAGGGUGAGCAGUGGAGAAAGGGUAAAUCAGAGCAUGGUAAAACCUGGAGUGAACCACUCAGGUGCUUAAUUCUUACUCCAAACCAAGAGCAUUGUUUGCUCUUUGAUCCUGCUCCCCCCUUACCUGUUACCUCUUGUGGCUGGAAAACGCUGAAGCAGGGGAAAAUCACAUACAACCAAGACUGGAGUAUUUUGGCUGUAAAUCCUGUACCUAUUCUUUGUUUAGAACAGCUAUUUAAUGCAUUUAGGAAAAGAAGUUAGCACAGCCCCCAUAAAAUCCCAUAACCCUUGCCUUUUCUUUGAAUUUGGCAAUUCCUCUCUUAAAAUUUUCUACGUUGAAAGCUUUGGGGAAAAGGAAGGUAAAAUUAUCAGAUCUGCAAGAAAUCUUUUUGCAAAACCAUGGAUGCAAAUGGCUGACUGCCACUGUCUCUGAGAAGAGCAGGUCUUGGGACAUAUCUUCCCUGGAAGCAAAUCCCUCAACUAUUGCACACAAAAAACCCCGCAAAGAUUCAUUAAGAAACAAAGACCAUCUGCCACUGUUCUGGUAUUGGGAGCAGAUUUUUUUUUUAAGCCAAAGGUGCUUCUAAAUCUGACUGAAAGCAUGUGAGAGAAAACUAGGUCUCACAGUAUGAGAGUGAUGAGUUUCCUCAAUCAGUAUUUCAUUUUUAGCAGAACUUCCUCUAUGACUAGGACAAUUACAGUAAAAGUCCUUUAAAAAAAAAAAAAAAAAAAAAAGAAAAAAAGUGCUACACAUAUUCAUUUCUUGUAGGCAGUCAGCAGCCUUUCAGAAAGAUUUCUGAUCCUACAGCAUACUUCAUGCUGAUGCAGUGCAGCUCCUGGGAUGUCCUGCAGCCUCAGUGUUAAAGCUCCAUUUGUCAAGGAUUCUCCUCAUAGCUUUGCCGUGAGUUUCUCCAGAUACAAAGCUGUUCCCAAAUUUCACCCCUCCAGGGAAGCUGCUGAAGUGGUUACAGCAAGUCUUGCAUAUUCAAAAAGAAAUGGGUUAAGUGUCCCUUAGUCCGAAGUUUUCACCUUUGUUCUUACAGGGGAACAAAGGUGGCAGCUCUGUUAAUACAGACCCACAGCAACUCUGGGAGCAGCUGGAAGAACGUGGCUUUGUCUCCUUGUUCUCAAAUUCACUGUAAUUAAUCUUUAGCUCCCACUUGCCUCAAGAACAGCCCUGAACACAGGAGCUCACACCACGCUUUGGUGUGGUAUUAAUCCUUAAAGUAAACCUGCAAACCUUCCCUGUCCCUGCAGGGCUGGAAUGUUCUUUCUCAAGUACAGCACCAAGAAGCAGAGGACAAAAUGACCCUGAAGGAGUCUUAAAACAUGACUAACAGCUUACCAGCGCUUGCUACCCCAAGGCAGCACUGCCCUCUGCUCCAAACCCAAACACAGGCACACUCCCUGCUCCUUUCUGAGGGAGAUACUGGCACCUACUGGAGACCAGUUUACAUCCAGGCUGAUGUGACUGGGAGAAAGGCAAGUAUCCUUGUAUAUGAAAAAUGAGCAGAUUUUGAGAAGGGAUGAACUGUCUUGCUGCAGGGGCAGCCCUAGGAAGUGACCUCAGGGUGGCCCUCCAGCCUGACUCCUGCCCAGACAAACACUUGUGUAAUUUCAUCUUUCUGAAAGGCUUCUGCUGUUUGAAACUCUGCUUACAGGGGCUUUGGUCAGGAAGGGCUCCUGGUGAAAUCCCCCAAUAUGGAAAGUGCUGGUUACCUUUUUUUUAGACAGUAAUCCUCCUCUGGAGAUCUGCUGAGUAUGUACAGCAGCAGGAU